GUCAUGCGGGCAAAUGAUGACAUUUUAAGAAGCAGGAAGUGCUCCUGAAAACUUUUCGCCUGGCUCCCUUGGAUAGCAAAAGCCCUUCUGCAAGUGGGAGCCGAAGAAGGCUUGACAUUCCUGAGGGAGGGAAUCAUGGCAGCAGCCGCUGAGGAAGGCCGGGUGUCGCAGGAUCGCGUCAGGAGCCUCCAGAGUGAUGUGGAAGGUGUCAAGACCAUCAUGUCGGAGAACGUCGACAGGAUCCUGGCCCGCGGCGAGAAACUGGACGAUCUCAUGAACAAGACCGAAGACCUCCAAGCCAGCUCGGAACAUUUCAAGACCACGUCGCAAAAAGUGGCCAGGAAGUACUGGUGGAAGAACACGAAGAUGAUCAUCAUUCUUGUCGUUAUCGUGGUCAUUAUCCUGACUCUGAUCAUCCUCUUCGCAACGGGCGUCAUUCCAACCUAACCACGGCCGGUCCCCUCAGCCGAACCUUGCUCGUGUUGCCCACCGAGAGUUGUUCCGAUGCCAUCGUGGAGGUGCCCACCCCACCCUUUUGAUUCGCUGUUGAUUUUGUGCUGUAUAUUUCCCCGGGCAAAUCUCCCCUUUCGCUGCACCCAAGCGUGCAAACUCCCUUGUAAAAACUUACUGGUGUAAAUGUUCACUCAAUAAAAUAUAGGAAGGACGUGGAA